AUGGCUGUCCCGAUGUCUAAGGAGGCCAAGCUGGCUCUCAUUCAGGAGAACAUAGCGGAGACAUUGAACCCGGAGCUGAUCGAUGAAGUGCUGUCAAAAAAUGAGACUCUUCGCAUCUACUGGGGAACCGCUACCACUGGAAAGAUUCUGCUCGCGGAUGUGCACGGAUUCUUAGAUGCCGGAAAAGCGCCUAUUGAAUUGGUGGAGUUUCGCGCGCACUACUACCGACAUUGCAUCGUGGCCUUGCUCAAGGCUGUCAAUGUCCCGAUUGACAAGCUGGAGUUUGUUCUUGGCAGCUCGUACCAGUUGACUUCGAAAUACACCAUGGACGUCUACCGUCUCGCCUCAAUCACCACCUCAACUCGCGCGCAGCACAGCGGAGCGGAUGUUGUGAAACAAGCUGCCGCACCCGCUAUCAGCUCUCUUCUGUAUCCUCUUCUCCAAGCUCUUGACGAAGAGUACCUCGGCGUACACGCGCAAUUCGGUGGUGUGGAUCAGAGGAAGAUUUUUACACUUGCAACGGAGCUUCUUCCGAAAGCCGGCUACAAGUCUCGCGCUCACCUCAUGAAUCACAUCGUGCCUGGUCUGACUGGUGUGAAAAUGAGUGCUAGCGACCCCAACUCAAAAAUUGACCUUUUGGAAACCCCCGAAAAUGUUGUGAAGAAAAUCAAAAAGGCGACGUGUGUGCCUAAGGUUGUGGAAGAAAAUGGGCUUAUUGCGUUCGUCGAGCAUGUGUUGCUCCCUGCCAGCUCCCUGCUCGACGGUGAGCGGCACUUCACGGUUCAGCGGCAUGAUGCCGAACCGCUCAUAUAUAGAGACAUCGAGGCCGUGAAGAAAGAUUAUAUCGCCGAUGUGCUUACACCCCAACUACUGAAGCCGGCCGUCAGCACGGCUCUCAACAGACUUCUGGCACCUAUUUCGGCCGAAUUCCAGGCUUCGACCGACUGGCAGGAGGUUGAGAAGAAGGCCUACCCCGUUGAGGCACCCAAGGAGAAGAAGCAGAAGCAGAAGAAGGACAAGGGCAGCAGACACCCCGGCGCCGGAGCGAAACCCUCCGAGGUCCAGGCUGACGAGGGCAAGGAUUUGCCCACUCAGGCGACGAAAGAGGAUGUUGGUGCAAGUGCUGCAGAUGCCAUGGAGAAGAUGUCGGUGAACUAG